AUGCCCGGGAUUCAGAUUCAAUCGGCCGUCGGACAGCAUACAGGCGGUACCACUACUACUCUAAGUACUGCUAUUGCUACCGGAGGGACACCACUAAUUUCAACAUCAGCUUUGGAUGAAGGUUUCACUGGUCGCCUGAUUGAGGCUGUGAAAGCGCAACCAUGCUUAUAUAAUCCCAGUCAUGAACAUUAUGGGAACAAGCAUUCUAGUGCGCAGUACAGGAUUCAAGUGUGGCAGAAGCUACGUACUGAACUCGGAUUCAAAGAUGAUGCUCAUGCGUUACAAAUGCAAUGGAAGAGAAUACGUGAUCGGUACGUACGUGAGCGCAGAAAACGACGAAAUGCUGAUUCGGGUGAAAAUAAUCAGGAUUCCGUUACCACCAGUCGUGAACGUCAUACGUCAGGUGGUUCUAACUGUUCUACAUCAAGCAGUGCCGUUAAUAUGAACUUUUCUUCCUCACGACAGUUUACCGAAAUGAUGCGAUGGAUUGAACCAUUUUUAGUUGAUAAUAUGACAUGUAAUCUUCAUCCUACGUCUCAUGGUGCAGUUGCAAGUUCUUCAAGUGUGCAACAUCAGCAGAUUCAGAAUCUUACUUCGCAACAAUCAAACAGCGGUCAAGAAGCGCCUGACGGAAGAAUGCAGCCUAGAUUUGCUGUUAUUCUGAAAUGUUAUUUUGAUGGUCAUAAUGGUAGCACCCUAGCGGUGAUUGCGCCAAGAGGAAUCAGUAAUACUGGAACAUAUUUUGUACAUUACAACCUUAUAGGUAACGUCAAACAAGAAACUUCUAGUCAGGGAACAUCUACUAGUUCUGCGGAUGGUGUAACUAUAAGCAGUUAUCAACAAAGCGGUCAGCUCCAAAUGGUAAACGCGCAAGUUUCGUGUGAGUAUAACACUUUGCGAGAUCAUGGAUUAUCGAAUGGAUCAAAUGGCGACAGAAAUACGAAUGCCAUCUCAACAUCUGCCACAGAUAACGGAAGUCCAUGUUCGUCGACAGCAAGUAGUGAAAUAGACGUGGGAACAUUCGCAGCGACAACUUCACAUUCUAAUCAACAGCAAGUUGUUUUGCAGCAGCGUCAACGACAGUCUUUAAGUCAGCACCCGUCGAGUAUGGUAGUACUGACUGCCGUUCAAUCACAACAGGUGGCAUCAUCUCAACAACAGCAUCAGCAGCAACCCAUUUUGUUACCUAAAGUAGAACCAAGGCCAAGAAUAGGACAGCAGUUACAAACGGCUGAUGGUGGAGUGGUUACAGUUACUGCACGAGGUGUGGCACCGGUGACUAGUGUGAUUAAAAAGGAUGUCAAUGUCAGGACAAAUGAUGGCGGCACGGUGACAAUGAUCAUUGAUCCGACAACUUUUUAUCAGCAUGGAUCACAAAAAAUGUAUCGGUUGGUAAAUGUGUCGGAGUUGAAUGCUGAUACAGUAUCAGCGAAUAACGGCAUGUCUACAGUUUGUGGUGAACUGAAGAUAGUGGGUAUUCCACAACGUAGAAAACGUGUUGCAGCAGUUAGUGUGCAGGGAAUGUCAAAUGGCCGUGGGCAGUUAGGCGAUGAAGUUGUUCUAGAGGAUGGAAUUUCCGAAAAAACUGUUACUGUUGACCAAGGAACAGUACCGGGGAAUGAAAAAAUAGUAAUCGAUCAGCGCUCCGCUGCUAUUGCAGGAAGCACAAAUGCAGUCUUGGGUCAUGGCGUGCAACAACAACAGUUGCAUCAACAGCAGGCUCCGAACAGUUCGCAUUCGCAUCCCGGAAUCUCUGUUUCACCGCAUCGUGCCACCGUAUUGACAACACCCCAUGCUUCUCAAAUGGGAUUACAGCAAGCUUCCUCUGUACCGCUGCGACAACAGGCUGGGCACCGAUUCGUGACACAAGCUGUUUUAGUCGAGCAUCCGCAUUAUGCCGUGCUACCAAGCCACUCGUUGCAAGAUGAACAUGAUGCUAAUCUUGCAUUCGCUAAUUCAAUAGCUAAUUAUUUGUCAAGGCUGAAUGAGGAUGAAAAGGCAGUGGCAAAGAUGAAUAUUCAGCGGAUACUUAUGGAUGCACGUUUUGGUUUGGGUGCAUGUGCACGAAUGAUUCAUGAUGAAGAAUUGAAUGAAGCUACUGCUGCAGCUGUGGUGAGCACUGCUUCUCAUGAUGUUGUUUCGUCACGACAGCAUGUUGAUGGCACGUCACGACGACUAAAUUGA